AUUAUUGCCGACCCAAACCAGAAAAAUAAGAAAUUUCCCCCAAGUAAAACAAGUUCCCAUUUUAGGGUAGAUAUGGUUUUUCAUUUUUGGGUUUUUAGUUUGUAAGCUCUGAGAAGAGCAUAUCAUCAUCAUCAUCAUAUCAUCAAUGGCGAGUCUCAUGACAACCUUGAAUAUUUCAUUUCACAAUUCAUCAUCAACUACUCUUUUUCACAAUAACUUCAGAACUUCAUUCACACCAAAAUCCCUUUGUUUUCAGCCAUUACUUUCUUCUUCUUCAAAUUUAUCUACUCAAAUUACAAAACAUAAUCUUCUUCAUCAUCAUCAUAAACAAAAAAAACGAGGGUUUGCAAUAAUUACCCGUGCAGCUCCAACCACUGCCAACCUUAUUUUUGCUUUUGUAUUUCCACUCACUCUUCUCCUUGUCACCAUUUUCACUUCCAUUAAAAUUGCAGACAAGCUUGACCAGGAUUUCGUUGAAGAGCUUGCCAUUAAUCAAGCAAUUAUGGAAGGGAAGGAUGAAAAGGAAGAUAGUCUUGCAUCACUGGAGGAAGAAGAACCUGCCACAGUUACAAGAACUCGUAACCGUCCCAAACGCGAAGCUUAGAACAUUCAAAUCCAACUGCACUCAUUUCUCUUACAAUUUUGUUUUGUGGGAAGAUUGGAUAAUCUACCUGCAUUCGCCUUAUAACCAAUCUGUCUUUAGAAAAGCAUAACCUGCUAUGGAAUUCACAUAUGUAGCAGUAUCAAAGAAUGAAGGGAUUGUAGACUGUGCACACAUCAAUAGUCUAAUGGUACUAUUCUCAUUUAUUCGGUAGCUGAGUGUUUGAAUAUUUUUCCAACUUCUAUGAUAUAGCAAGCCCUGUUGAGAAAUCGUUAAACUGUAUAUGGAUUCUGGAGGCGGCUAGUAUUCAUGAUUUCGGUGCAUCUAACCAAGAUAGUUUACUUAUUUAUUUCGAACA